UGAAAGUUUUGCAGCCUUUGCCAUGAACUCUUUUCUUUCUCCCCUCCUCCUUUCUCUCUCUGCUUUUCAGAGUCCGGACUUCCACGCCCCUCUCUUUCAUUGCCAAAGUUUUCUGCUGCUGGGUGUGUGACCUUCUUUGGGAAAGGUCUCUAAACAAGUUUCCAUUCAGACUCAAAAGAACUAGGAAUUCUCUCUUGGCACAAACACAGAGGUGGACAGUACACUGUUGUUGCACCGUAUCUCUGCAAAUGAAGCAUCUAAAUAGCUCAAGUCUCCAAAACGUAAGGCUCAGGUCAGACUACCGAUUGUAGCAACCAUCACAUUGCAGUAUGGUUUUAUUAUAUUUUUUUGCAGCCACGCAAACUGGAAAACACAGCACAGUCCUGAGUUGGACAAACAAACCCAGAGGAGAGGAACUGGGGACACUAGCCUUGACAGCGGCCAAGAAAUUGGGUGAACUUUUUCCUGGCGAGGACGGCUGCAAACAGAGGGUGAUUGAGGUUGGCCGAACAGAGAGAUGGAAACAGCGGGAUCAAAGAUCAACGCCACCUUCUUUUCUCCAAAAAAAGGAGUGAUCAUGGACUGAGAGAAGGAAACACAAGUUGAGCCAGGGUCACAGAUGGAGACGUGUGCAUCCCAGCCAUGUAUGGCCUGUGUUGUGUCUACAAAAGUGUGACUUUGUUGGGUGGAGUGCUCCAGUCAUAAAUGGAUGGAUGAGGAAGCUCAGAGGUAGCAUCCGCACAUAUCUUUCUCCCUCUUGGAUGUGUGGCUUCUUCCGGAGAUAUUCCCUCCGACCCAAGUCGUAGGAUGGCACAGGAGCCCUAUAGCCUUCCACAGCCCAAGGUGGGCGACUUUGAGGCUGACCGUGAUGGUGUUGAGCUCCUUUUGGCCAAGUCCAGAGAAGCCAAAGAGUUUGCCUACUGCCCCUACAGCCGUUACCCAGUGGGGGCUGCCCUUCUGACCUCCAACGGAAAGAUCUACACAGGUUGCAAUGUUGAAAACGCCUGCUACCCACUGGGCGUCUGCGCCGAACGUACGGCCAUUCAGAAGGCAGUGUCCGAAGGGCAUACGAAAUUUCGGGCCAUCGCCAUCAGCUGCAAGAGCCAGGACUCCUACGCCGUGCCCUGCGGGGCGUGCCGACAAGUCCUCAGAGAGUUUGGUAAACACUGGGACAUCUAUUUGACCAAGGCGGAUGACAACAGUGCGUAUAUCCACAAGACUCUGGAGGAACUUUUGCCGCUUUCCUUUGGACCAGAAGAUCUCCAGAAAAGCUGAAAUAGAAACGAGGAACCUCUUUCUGAGCUCCGGUCUCACGCUUCGUAUGAGAUUCGGAUGCUUUCUUUAUUCAAAACUGUCUCAAACUCAGACUCGCUGCAAAUGGAAUUUGCUUGCCGCGUCCGACAAAAGCUAGGAACGGCUGCAGAAGCUGCAGAGCCAAACGGAAAAACCGUUUUGCUGGUUUUCCUCUCUGACACUAACCUCCAUUAUCCCCUGAUGUCUUUCUUUUGAGGUUUUUCAGUUGCAGCAUAUGGACUCAAGAAGCUGCUUUGCAUUGGGGACCCAACCUGCACUGCAAAAUUAAUGCAUCUUGACACCACUUUAACUGCCAUGGCUCCAUGUUAUGGAAUUGUAGAAUUUGGAGUUUAGUGAGAUAUUUAGCCCUCUCUGUCAGAGAGGUUUGAUGCCACA